UAGCCACGCCUCCUCACUUUUUUCUGUAAACAAAGCAGAAGCAGCUGUUGUAGUGGUUUUGGGAGCCUCGUUCUUGUAUUUUCUACCUUGUUUCCGACCAUGGCCCAGGCCGGGGUGGUGUUGGACCGGGACCAGUUCAACUGCUCUAUCUGUCUGGAGGUGUUAAAACACCCGGUGACCAUCCCCUGCGGGCACAGCUAUUGCUUGCAUUGUAUCCAGAACUACUGGGACCAGGACGACUUCCGCGGGGUCUUCGUGUGUCCGCAGUGCCGACAGAGCUUCAGCCCGAGGCCGGUGCUCGCCAGGAACACCAUGCUGGACGACGUGGUGGACAAAUUCAAGAAAACGAGCCUACAUAACGCUUCGACGCCGGAGAACAACCAGAGUUUCGCCGAAGCCGACGACGCGGAAUGCGACGUCUGCACAGGGAGGAAAAACAAGGCCGUCAAGUCCUGUUUGGUUUGUCUGGCCUCUUACUGCGAGCUCCACGUCCAGCCUCACUUCGAGUCUGCUGCUUUUAAGAAACACAAGCUGGUGUCGGCCAACAAGCGACUCCAGGAGACGAUCUGUGCGCGACACGACAAGCUGCUGGAGGUGUACUGUCGCUCCGACAGGCGCUUCAUCUGCUACCUGUGUCUGACAGACGAACACAAAGGGCACGACACGGUGCUGGUCGAGGAAGAAACACAGAACAUGCAGAGGCAGCUCGGUGACAUAAAACAGAGAUCCCAAACGAAGAUUCAGAAAAGAGAAAAGGAGGCACAGGAGCUGAGGCUGUCUAUUAUGUUUUUCUCGCGUUCGGCGCGGGCUACAGCAGAGAAGGCAGACGCCAUCUUCACUGAGCUCAUUCGUUCAAUGGAGCUGAAGCACUUUGAGGUGCGUGAGCUGAUCAAAGCUCAGGAAAAAACGGCCAUCAGGGAGGCCGAGCAGCUUCUGGAGAAGAUCCAGAAGGAAAUUGUUGAACUGAAAAAGAGCGACACAGAACUGGACCAGCUGGCCCUGAUUGAGGACCCAGUCCAUUUCCUCCAGAGCUGCCAGUCGCUUCAAGCUCCACCUGCGCUGUCUGCUUCUCCCUUGCUCAGCACGAACCCUGGCGGCUCCUUCGAUCCGGUGAUGGCAGCCGUGGCAGACUUUAAGGAGCUGCUGCACGAGGUGUCUGAAGUAGGAUUUGCCAGCAUCUUCGAGAAAGUGAGAGAGGUGCAGAUCAUAGGUCCUCAGAAUCCUCCAGUCCAGAGUGACGGUGAGACGGGCUCAGCUGCACAAACGGAUCCACCAGUCGCAGCCCUUCCCUUUGGUCUGGAUCAAACUUCUGCUAAUCCUCUGAAUCCGUUCCUGAUUCCAGGACCGAUUGCUCCCAUGUUUAGCCUCUCACCACUUGGCUCCAGACUCUCCUCGGGAACCAGACACAGACACGUUCAGCGACGCCCUCACCCCAGGAGGAAAUAGACUGAACAGCGUGUUUCUUCUGCUUCAACACAGACCAAUCAUCAUUCCUCAUACACAUCAGCACUGACAUCAUAAAUGAGAAAUUAAAAAAGAAAACCAUUUAAUUCUUGGUUAUUUUUCUUCCUUAUUUGGAUUUUUCUUUACAGAUAAAUUGGGAGAGCUGAAGGAAACCACCCAAAGAUCAGGACCAACCCACUAAAAACAUUUCAUAUCAAGUUUUUAUUGGAAUUCUAUUUAAACCUGAACUUUUAACCGUUUUGGUUUGCAGACCUGUUAUAAUUUGUGCCACAUUAAAGAACAUGCAAACAUUUGAA